AUUCACGAUAACGAUCAUUCACGAUUCACGAUCAUUCACGAUAUUCACAUAACAAAAACAAAGUAAAUGUAAAGCACAUGUUUAACUGCUGGUUUUUAGAAUAUUAUUUCAAAAUACAAUGUCGAAUGCCAGAGAAGUGUUGAGUGUUAGAUUCAAUCAAGAUUUCAGUUGUUUUUCCUGCAGUACAGAAAGUGGUGUAAGAAUAUAUAAUGUGAAUCCAUUGGUGGAAAAAAUUAAUUUUGGCAUCACAACUGUAGGAAGCGUUUCCAAAUGUGAAAUGCUGAACAGAUCCAAUCUUUUAGCAAUAGUAUCAGGAGGGACUCGUCCAAAAUUUCCAGAUAAUCAUUUGUUGAUAUACGACGACUUAGCAAAAAAGUUCAUUCUGGAUAUAAGUUUCAAGUCCACUGUAUUGUCUGUGCGGUUGAAAAAAGACAAGUUAGUUGUAGUUCUGAAGUCUCAGAUACACAUUUUUUCAUUUCCGUCGCCAACUCAAAAAUUAUUCACUAUAUUUACAAGAGACAACCCCAAGGGACUGUGCGAAAUCGGUACUUUGCCUAAUACUGAGAGAAAUAUUUUAGUUUAUCCAGGAUUCAAGACAGGAAGUGUUGAUAUAUGGGAACCUCAUUCGAUGAGUAAGAAUCUUUCUUCCGCCAAAAAUAGAAUAGAUGCACAUCAAACUGAUGUAAGAUGUAUGGUUCUCAACAGUACUUCUACUAAACUAGCGACUGCUUCUCAACGCGGAACAUUGAUAAGGAUUUGGGAUAUUAUUAUGAAACAACAACUAUUAGAGCUGAGGCGUGGUUCUGAUCCUGCGAUCAUCAGUUGCCUGAAUUUCAGCAAAAACUCCGAAUAUCUGUGCUGCUGCAGUGACAAAGAAACAGUUCAUAUAUUCGCUGUAAAGGAUACUCAGUUGAACAAACGACUUUCAAUCAAAAGUAAAACAUUGGGCUCGUAUGCUAGUUCUCAGUGGGGAUUAACCGGUUUUAAGGUGCCUCAAGAAACUGCCGCCGAAUGUGCCUUUGGAGAAAAUAACUCCGUCAUUGUAAUAUGCCUGGAUGGUUCCUUCUACAAAUAUAGCUUUACCCCUGAAGGUAAAAACCACAGGGAACAAUAUGACAUUUACUUAGACUGCGAUGAUGAUGAAGAAUUUUUCAUUUAAUGUACUGAUUUGUUACAAGUUUUAGACUGAGAUAAUAUGGUUCAUUAAAUUUUUUACUUUUUAUUUUUCAGUUGUUAUUGGUUUUAGCAAUUUCAUAAUUUUGAGAUAGAUGAAAGACAUUCUUUCACAUUUUUCUAUUCUAAGGUAUCAUGUAAAUAAUUCAUAUUUUUGUAAUCAAAUUUAUUUUAUUAAAUAACUGAAAACUA